AUGCUCAAACUGUACACUCAGCUGAAAAAAGAGACCUUCGGACUCACACUAGAACCACCCGAGACGCCAAGAGAAGAGGUAUCACCUGUGUCCUUUAAAGCACUGAAGAAGUUGGCGAAGAACAGGGCACAAAUAUACGCCACAGCCAACACACCAGUCGAACGAUCUCCCACCCCACCCCCACCUGAACCUCAGUCAGCUGCACGCACCAAGUCAGGCGCACACCGAACAGCCGCAAAGGUAUCCACGAAGCAAUCUACGAAACACUCGAGCAAACAGGACAACUCGAGCGGACAGGACACCCAACCAUCCACACCUGAACCUAAGGGUGUAGACAAACCACCCAAGGAGUCUAAGAAGACCAAGAAUACCAAAGAUCUGCCUAUCAGCGUCGCCAGAGAUAUGGAUGCUGUGCUUGGGUUUGCCUACCCAAACACCUUUGUCGGCAAGGCUAAACUGACGGUGGCAAAGGGGGAUGAGCUCAUGGCGCGUAUUCGAGCAUGCAAGAACGGCCCACGGGAUGUGUGUGAGGCGUUUCAGUUGCUUCCAGACCCGACCGAGUACGCAGACUAUUAUGAAGUCAUAGCUGAUCCUAUGGACUUAGCCACUAUGCAGGCUAAGCUAGACCACUUACGAGCCGAUAUGUUGGCGGGAAAGGCCACGCCCAAGGGACAG